AUGACCGAGAGAUUCCCUGUUCAGUACCUCCCUGUUCAGUACCCACAGGCCAGCUGCAAUAAAUCACAGCCGGCCUCGCUCCAGGCGGAAGGGAAUUUCGUUCUAUAUUCCCAAGACGAAGCAAUAAGUUUUCAGGAAUAUGAAUAUGCCCAAGUCAAUCGCACCAUUGGGUUCUACGGCCAGAGGGCAGCAUUUGGCAGGAUGCAGACGGUAUUCCAGGGGAGCCCGCUGUUUUCUACCCAUUGCAAAAAGGUCUUUCCUAAUGAGCCUGACUUCUCAUUGAUUGAUCAAUUUGUGGCUCAAAAUAAUACAGUCCUGGAAAAAACACUGUCGAAUCUCAAACGUUGCGACCCAGCUCGCCUGGAGGAUUUCUAUAGAUCUGCCUUCCGAGGAUUGAACCUGGUCGCGUGUGAAGCUAUUUUGGCUGCAUGGAUGGGAGUUCUGGAUCUAAAAACCGCCAUGUUCUGGUUUCCCAUCACCAUUGACCAUUGA